CGCUCUUGCAAAGCACCACACCAACACGUCAAUCACAGCACCUUCAACUCCUAAUACCAUGAAGUCCAACACUACUCUAUCUCUGCGCCUCAUGGCCCUUGCUCUGGCCACCAACGCGGCUUUAACCUCCCGCACAAUUGAGACAGACGUUGUUGUCGUAGGUGGCGGCCUCUCCGGGCUCACCUCUGCCUAUGAGCUGCACAUGGCGGGAAUCAACACCGUCGUGCUCGAAGCCCAGGACUCCCUUGGUGGCAAGUCUCGAUCCAAAGAUCUGGGCGAUGGCAAGGUCAUUGAACUGGGCGCCACAUGGAUCAACAACAAAACGCAGAAACAUGUCUACAACCUCAUGCAGGUGUUCGGGCUAGAGACGGCGGUGCAAUAUCUUGCGGGGGAUCCGGUCUUUCAAGGAUCUGAUGGCAAGGUGACACGGUUGAACGACAGCACUCUGGUCAAUACUGAAGACGUCGUUGCCGCGUACCUGGAGGGACAGGCCGUUCAGACGAUUCACAAUUUGUCUCAAAAGGUUGACCUUCGCGAUUUCGACGCCUUUUCGGCUGACCAAGAUGUUACAGUCGCUGAAUGGCUUGUCGAGCAGUCCUUUGGCCAGCACCCGCACGUCGUGGACAUGGUUACUCACCUCUCAACUGCCCUGGUUGGGAGGGAGCCCGAGGAGAUUGGCAUGCACUACCUUCUCGACUACAUAGGUUCUGGUGGAGGAAUUAUCAGUCUCUCCACUGAUGAUGAAGAAGGGGCUCAAUACCUAAAGGUGAAGAAUGGAACAACCUCAAUCGUAACAAGUCUAGCCUCCACUCUCCCCGCAGACCGCAUCCACCUCUCAUCUCCCGUCGUCGGUAUCAACAGCACAAACUGCAAAGCCGGCGCCGUCGUGACCACGCAAUCCGGACAGCGCUUCCACGCAAAGAGAGUCAUCCUCGCCAUCCCAACUAACAUGUAUAAAGACAUCACCUUUACUCCCAGCCUCCCGACCCGGAAACAAGCCAUCAUCUCAAACACGAAGCCAGGAAUCUACGCCAAAGUGAUCCUCUCGUACCGCUCCGCCUGGUGGCGCGAGGCCAAGCUUGCCGGCAAGUUCACCAGCCGUGCCGCCUCCGGCCCCAUCUGCUUCUCAUGGGACACGUCGGACCCUGCAUCAGACCAGUACAGCUUGGCUGUGUUUAUUGCGGGCGCCAAGGCGACGGCGUGGCAUUUGCUGCCGGACGACGAGGCCAAGGUCGCGGCUGUGGUGGAGCACCUGGCUGAGCUGGUCGGGGGCGAUGGGUCCGAGGCGGAGGCGGCGAGGGACACGCUUGCUGUCAACUUUGUCGAGUGGACGAUGGAGGAUUGGCUCGAGGGCGCACCGACUGCGUCCAUGGGCCCGGGCUUGUUGAGGGAGUAUGGGGAUGCGCUCCGGGAGUCAUUUGGUCCGUUGCAUUUUGGUGGUGGUGAGACGGCGUUUGAGUGGAAGGGGUACCUGGAGGGGGCUGUCCGAGCUGGGAAGAGGGUGGCAGAAGAAGUCAGGGAGGCCCUUUGAUGGGGAUCAGGGGUUGAAUUUUCUAUAUCUGCCCUGUUGUUGGCUUAAAAGGUUACACUUGGAUAUAUGCCCUUUUAGUGUUGUGCGCUGAGAAUUGAGAA